AUGUUUCCUCUCGUGCAACGGUGCUGCUUCCGCACGCCCUUCAAACUCCAGAAGUUAACUGGUCCCAGUCUACUACUGUAUGGAAGGAAGAGGACAACUGUCUCUUCUCUCAGCCUCUGUCUACGGAGAGAGGUGUGUCUUCUCUCAAGAUCUCCAAGCCUCAACUCAGCAUCAGUAUAUGCAACCAAGCUCCACGCUUUUCACACCUCUCUCCCCUUCUUCAAGAAGAAAACUCCCAAAGCUGAGACCAAAGACUCUGGCAUCUUGAAACGAAGUAUGAAAUCACUAAAGGAGUCUCCAAAGCCAGCCCUUUACUUAAGCCUGGCAGGGCUAAUUCCAUUUGUUUCUGUGCCGCUGUCAAUGGCCAUCCAAGGGACCUACUACCCAGAGCUGGCAUUUGCUCAGAUCACAUAUGGUGCCGUAACGGUCUCUUUCGUAGGAGGAAUGAGGUGGGGGUUUGCUCUCCCAGAGGACAGCCCAGCCAAGCCAGACUGGCUGAACCUGGCUAACAGUACAAUUCCUCUUCUGCUCGCCUGGCAAGCCUUGCUUUUUAAAGAUACCACUUCUGGUGCAGUAAUGGUAGUAAUGGCCUUAGGGAUAGCACUGCAUUAUGAUGUUUCCCUUCUUCCUGCUUAUCCCAGGUGGUUUAAAGUACUGAGGGUAAUGGGAACAGUGGUGAUGGUAUUGUCUCUAUUAGCUACUGCAGCAUUGAAGACUAUGUUAGAGGAGCAGCUAAGUGACAGCAGAAAUAAAUGGCAGAACACAAAAUAA